UGCCGUUUGUUUAGGUAUUUGGCCUGCCUGUAAACGCUAUUUACUGAAGAAAUACUCCACGUCUGUAGAGGGCAGUAGAGAACAACACUCACAGAAACAAAGCGAGCGGAGUUCCGUAAAACGUGAGAAGAAAGAUGCAGUGUUAGCGAAGCCGAAUAUCUAACACUAAUUUAGCAAUCGUUAGCAGUGUUAAAAAUGAAAUUGUAUUGUCUGUCUGGUCAUCCUACAUUGCCUUGCAAUGUCCUCAAAUUCAAAUCCACCACUAUCAUGCUGGACUGUGGGCUGGACACAACCUCUGUCCUCAACUUCCUGCCCCUUCCCCUUGUGCACAGCCCAAGACUCUCCAAGCUGCCAGGUUGGGUCUCUAAGGAUGGAACUGUAACCUUGGAGAAGGAGCUGAAGGAGUGUGCAGGAAGAGUGUUUGUGGACUCGCAGCCAGAGUUCUGUCUCCCUGAGAGAGAACUGUUGGAUCUAUCUACCAUUGACGUCAUACUGAUUUCCAACUACCACUGUAUGAUGGCCCUGCCCUACAUCACUGAAUACACAGGCUUCACUGGGACAGUGUACGCCACAGAACCCACCCUGCAGAUUGGGAGAUUGUUAAUGGAGGAGCUGGUGAACUUUAUGGAGAGAGUUCCCAAAGCACAGUCUGCCACCUGCUGGAAAAACAAGGAAAUGCAAAGGAUGCUCCCUGGGCCGCUGAAGGAUGCAGUCGAUGUGUGGACGUGGAAGCGAUGCUACAGCAUGCAGGAGGUCAACUCUGCCCUCAGCAAGGUGCAGCUUGUAGGUUAUUCACAGAAAGUGGAGUUGUUUGGAGCUGUGCAGGUGUCCCCCUUAAGCUCCGGGUACUCAUUGGGUAGCUCCAACUGGAUCAUCCAGUCUCAUCACGAGAAAGUUUCCUAUGUGUCUGGUUCAUCCCUCCUCACCACACACCCACAGCCGAUGGACCAAAGCUCCCUUAAGAACAGUGAUGUACUGAUUCUGACAGGCCUCACCCAAAUGCCCACAGCCAAUCCAGACGGCAUGUUGGGAGAAUUCUGCAGCAAUCUUGCCAUGACGAUUCGAGCAGGAGGCAAUGUGCUAGUGCCGUGCUACUCCUCGGGGGUGAUAUAUGACCUGCUGGAGUGUCUGUACCAGUUCAUCGAGAGCGCCAACCUUGGCACAACGCCUUUCUACUUUAUCUCUCCUGUUGCCAACAGCUCGCUGGAGUUCUCUCAGAUCUUUGCUGAAUGGCUUUGCCAUAACAAGCAAACAAAGGUGUAUCUUCCAGAGCCUCCAUUCCCCCAUGCAGAGCUGAUCCAAACCAACAAGCUGAAGCACUACCCCAGCAUUCACGGAGACUUCAGCAGUGAGUUCCGUCAGCCCUGCGUGGUGUUCACCGGUCACCCCUCUCUGCGCUUCGGGGACGUGGUUCAUUUCAUGGAGCUGUGGGGCAAAUCCAGCCUCAACACCAUCAUCUUCACUGAGCCAGACUUUUCUUACCUGGAUGCUUUGGCUCCCUACCAGCCGCUGGCUAUGAAGUGUGUUUACUGUCCCAUUGACACGCGGCUCAACUUCCACCAAGUGUCAAAGCUGCUCAAGGAAGUCCAGCCCCUCCACGUUGUGUGUCCAGAGCAGUACACUCAGCCUCCUCUGACCCAGUCCCACCGCUCUGAUCUGAUGCUGGAGCUGCAGCCCCCUCCCAUGUCCUACAGACGCUGCUCUGUUCUCAACCUGCCCUUCAGACGCCGCUAUGAACGUGUCUACAUACUGCCUGAGCUGGCCAACUCCCUGGUACCCUCUGAGAUUAAACCUGGCAUCUCCCUGGCAACUGUGUCUGCAGUGCUGCACUCCAAGGACAACAAACACACACUGCAAUCAGUGCCCAAACCCCCUCCAGCGCCCCCCAGCAAGAAGAGGAAGCGGGUAAUAGAGGAGCCUCCAGUGGUGCUGGCCCCCAAACCCCUGCUUAGUGGAGCUGUGCCCCUGGAAGCUUUCCUGGCCACGUUGCAAAAGCAUGGUAUUACAGAGGUCAAAGUGGAGGAGACAGCAGACGGACACAUUCUGCACCUGCAGGCAGAGGACACACUGAUUCAGCUGGAGGAGGAUGGGACACACAUCGUCUGCGACAACAACGAACCGCUGCGUACCACACUGCGAGACCUGGUGCUCCGCUUCCUGCAGAAACUCUGACCUGAAUCCUCUCCAUGCCUCCUUUUUAAAGUUGUUCUGCUUUCUGGACUGUGGAGAGCCACAGAGAUGAUGACAGAGAGCUGUGAACCGGCCUGUCCCCACCCGAGUCAUAUUUAACAUCGCAACAUUUACAGCAGUUUUACUGUAAAGUCAAGACAUAUUUUGUAAAAUAGUAUUUUGUAUUAAAAGAUAAAACAUGUUAAAGAUCCUCCCAGUGAGCCUUUCAUCACUGCAGCUUCUUCAUUUAGAAAGGAAGAAAGCCGAAAUCAUCAGGAUUAUGGUUUUUGCAAAGAAGGAAAUAUAGGAAUAUAUAGUCACAUACUGUAAAUUCAUAAAUAUCAUUUGCAUCUCACAUAAUCCAACUUUAUUUGAAAAUAGUGUCUCAAAUGGCAUUCACAAUCCCUACAUAAAUUUAAUCCGGAUCUCGUGUCAGUGGGUGAUCAACUCAUCAGCUGAAGAUGUUGCAAGUUUCUAGAUGUGAUGGUUUAUCACAAGCUCAAGGAAUAAACAGGUCAGGUGCUUUUAAUUGGGUACAAAAAGUUACCAGCUACAACUGAACUGCUCUGUCCUGUCCACCUAUUGAAACCAAGGGGGAAGGUGAGAGUUUAAACAGUAAUACAGACCAAAGCCUGCAUGGAGUGUUACAUGGAUACGUUCUGGGAUACUUAAUAGCAAUUGCAAAUGUUAUUAACCUGUGCUUUUGUUUCUGCCAAGUCAAAAUACCAUCAAACGGCUUGUGGAGGCUUAAACCUACUGUUCUACUUAGGUAUAGCAACCAAACAAUAGCCUGCAUUUAUAUACCUUGGUCGUGCUGUAUGAGGCAGGGCAUACACUGUACUGUUUGAGAGUAUUCCUAUUUAGAGGUAAAACAACGAUCAGUUUAUUAAUAUUAAAUUAAUUGGAAACUGUUUCAA